AUGUCAGAUGGCGGAAAGCGCUCGUCGUCUUAUUUCCAUUUCUUCGCCGGCCUAAACUCAGGCAUCCUGUCUGCAGUUCUCCUCCAACCCGCUGACCUCCUCAAGACCCGCGUCCAACAAUCUCGCUCGAGCACACUCUUCGGUACUAUUCAGUCGAUAGCCAGCGGACCGAACCCGAUACGUCAGUUCUGGAGGGGUACAUUGCCAAGCACUCUACGCACAGGUUUUGGAUCUGCCAUAUACUUUUCAAGUCUCAAUGCGUUGCGACAUAAAGCGAGUCUGGUUGCGGCGGGGAGCAGCGAUGGAGCAGCUAAGGGAGCGGAGCACUCAAGCUCUCUACCAAAAUUGAGCAAUACCGCAAACCUGGCCACUGGUGCUUUCGCACGGACAUGGGCGGGCUUCAUCAUGAUGCCGAUUACCGUACUGAAGGUGCGGUACGAGAGUAAUUUGUACUCGUACAACUCGCUCUUCACAGCAUCACGAGAUAUCUUCCGGACAGAAGGACUCAAAGGUUUCUUUGCUGGGUUUGGCGCAACAGCAGUCCGCGAUGCACCUUACGCGGGGCUGUACGUCCUAUUCUAUGAGCAAUCGAAGAGGAAGCUUUCCAGUCUUGCAACCAAAAUCGAAGAGACGUCGGGCGCAUCCACCAAACUUUCCUCCAGUACAUCCGCCGGAAUCAACUUCGUCUCUGGUGUUGCAGCCGCGGGGUUGGGAACAACCGUUACGAACCCCUUUGAUGCCAUCAAGACGCGGAUACAGCUCAUGCCUCACCAGUACGUAAAUAUGGUACAAGCAAGCAAAAAGAUGCUUGCAGAAGAAGGUCUACGAAGCUUGUUCGAUGGGCUUGGUAUCAGGAUCGCAAGGAAAGCAAUGAGCAGUGCGCUUGCCUGGACUGUGUACGAGGAACUGAUUCGACGAGCGGAGAGCUUGAAAGAGGUCGUCGAGGAGAAGAUAUGA